AUGCAUCUUUUGACAUUGCUGUUUGGAGUGACUCUUGUCUUCAUGGUUGGCAGUUCACAAGUCAGUGGCCAUGUUAAUUCAGCGACAUGCAACAGUAAUGAACAGAUGAAGUGCACAAUGUCAUGUGAUUGUGAAGCUAAAUAUUUGACCGAUUGUUGCGUUGAUCCCUCAUUCACUGGUGUAAUAAACAUCAAAACACGUGAAGGGAAAAUAUUCAACGCAUACUGUGACCAGGGUUGGACUUACGCAUUCAAACGAUUUGACGGCUCAGAGGAUUUCUACCGCACUUGGGUUGAGUAUCAACAUGGCUUUGGUAAGACAGAUGGUGAACAUUUCAUUGGAUUGGAUAAUCUUGCCAGUUUUGUGAAGGGGCGUAAGUGUAAAGUGCGAAUUGAUUUGAAAGCAUGGCCUCCCGUAUCCCCAGCUAAAAGAUUUGCCGAAUAUUCAAUAUUCAAUGUCGCCGACGAGAACGAUAAGUACCGUCUUACCAUUGGUGGCUACAGUGGGACAGCUGGUGAUUCAAUGAUAAUACCCCACAAUGAUCAACCCUUUUCAACCCAUGAUCAGGAUAAUGACAAGUCCGAUACAUUUAAUUGUGCGGCGCAUUAUAAAGGAGCAUGGUGGUACAAUGCCUGUCACCAUGCAAACCUGUUUGGUUCGUAUGCGCAAGGACCAAAUUGCCCGAGAAAUGCCGAGUGCGUUGCAUGGCACGACUGGCCUACACUCAUUGGAACACCCCACAAUCAUAUGUACUCGUUCAAAGAGGCAUCCAUGAAAAUACAUUGCUGUUAGAUUCUGGGUCAAAUUUUCUGUAUCAAAACACAAUAAAAUGCAUUUGUUGAUGUUUAAUCAUCA